UCUCUCUGUUCCGAUCACCUCUCUCUACUUUCGCCGCCACAUGGCAAAAUAGGAACAGACACAGUGGGAGGGGGAGUGGGGUAAUGCAAUUGGUGCGGCAGCAGCUGCAACGUUAGCAAAAUCGCGUCUGUCCAAUUAACACAUUGCCACUUAAUUAAGACCAACAUUUGUCCGAGACUUUGGCGCGCUGAAUCAGUAUUUCAAAUUCAAAAUAUAAAAUACAUCUGGCAAUGCUGCUUGGAGCCAGGCUUGUCCAGCAGGUGUGUGAGCAGUGCCGCCAGUUACAGGCGAUCUUCGCAACACAGCAGUUGUCUCACUUACACUUGCUUUUUUAUCAACUAGCGGGCGAUGUAAACAAAGGUGUUGGAAAGUAACAGCAACAGUUGUGCGGGCUGCGUCGACGUCGGCAGAGCGAUUAGUCAACUGGAAACACGGUUGCCGAGAGCAACAACAACGGGCUCACACUCAAUAACAGAACGGCAGUGGAAUAAGAAGAAGAAGAAGCAGCAGCAGCAGCACCAAAAGCGCUUGAAAAAUGUUGAGCGGGGAAAAAGAAUAAAAGUUUUUAAUUUGCCUAAAUUGGCUGCCCGUGAAAAAGUGUUUAAUUGGCAGCUAUAGCCACCCCAAAAGAAGAAACUAAAAUCCCAGGCGGAUAUCAGCCAUCCGGCGUGCAGGAGCUGCUCAUUCGAGACUUGCAAGCCAUGGAAUGCGGUUCACGUAGCGGACACCGCCCAAUUCCGAUUUGGCUUUCCAGCUGCCUCGUGGCCAUGUGCUUGGCCCUUCCACGAGGAGCAGCUGUCCCCCAGGAAGCACCUGCCUACUACUAUGUCGGUUGCUACACGGCUCGAACGGAUCUGCUCCAUGAAUCCGUCUACGCCAAGACCCCGCAGACCUGCAUCGAGAUCUGCGAGCAUCAGGGUCACCAUUAUGCCGUGCUGGCCUCGGAGAAGUGUUUUUGUGCCAAUGUCCUGGAGCCGCAGGAGCAGCAGGAUGAACAGCUCUGCAACACCCGCUGCCUGGCCAACAAGGCGCAGUAUUGCGGCGGAGUCGGUGUGCACUCGUACUACUCCACCAUACUGACCAAACAACCGGGUCCGCAUCAUCUGAGGAUUUCGAACAAGACGGAGAACAGCCUGACCCUCAACUGGGAUGCCUACGAGGCGAGGAAACUGCUCCUGGCCGGCGGCGCAGAGGCAGUGCUUCCCAACCAACUGCUGGACAACUUCCUGAUCAGAGCUCAGGUCCUAAAGACCUACUCCUCGCUGCCCGCCUUCCCGCAGCCCGAGUUCAUGGUGCAGAGCACGGAAACGCAGUUUGAACUCACGGACUUGCAUCCCGCCACGCUGUACAACGUAUCUGUUAGGGCCAUGUGCAAGGAUGCCCAAGCAGGUCAAUCUGAAUGCGGCCAGGCCUCCAUAGAAGCCACCACAGAGGUGGGCCUUCCGAGUCCCGUGCCAGCCCAGCCGAAAAUCCUUAGCCGCACCGACCGCACAGUCACCAUCGAGUUGUCGCCCAUUCGGAAUGACAAUGGACCGCUGAGCAAAAUCCUCGUCAUCGUGGAAUACGUGGACAAUGCCCUGAGUCAGCCAUUCGAUGCCCAGCUCCUGGGCAGCUGGCAGCAGGCUCAACAGGAUAGAGUGCCCUACUACAUAGCCGCCGAAUUGGAUUACGAUAGACCGGAGGACAACCGCACCAGGCGCUUUGUGGUGGGCGAUGGCAAGCGAUAUGGACGAUUCAUCAAUAAGCCGUUGGAUCAGCCAGAUGCGCAUGUCCACAUCAGUCUCGGAUUGGUGAGCACACUGGAGGGCGUCACCAAGACGCUGUACAGUCGUGGAACCCACGACCAGCAUGUCACAUCCUUAGACGACUUUAGUUACGCCACCUUCGAUAAGGGCCAAUCCUCGGUGGUGGCACUGGCCGUCACGUGUGUCAUCUUCGGCACCUGCCUCCUGCUCAGUCUGAUUGCCUACUUCUAUCUGCGCUACAAGACCUGCCGAGGACGACGAUUGACUGGUGGCAAUGCCCACGAGAUGACGCUGCAAACGCCAAUAAUCGAGCGGGAAAACAACGGAUACCUGGUGGAGGACGAUCCACUGCCGCACUCGCCGGAGAACUUCAAGCAGCAGUUGCAACAGUUGGUGGAGGGAUUCGAACGGAUACCAAGGAAUGCACUGCGGCUAAAUGUGAACGAUGUGAUCGGAGACGGACGCUUUGGCGAGAUUAUAACCGGAAAGGUCUCAACCAACGAUUUUGCCAGAGAUUGCACCCUGCACGUGCUCUGCCUGGACGACUUGAAUGGCACCACUCAGGCGCAGUUGCUGCGAGAGUUGCGUCAGUUGUCUCAAUUGAAGCGGCAGGAGCAUUUGCUGGAUUUCUAUGGAGUCUCAGCGAGUCCGGAUUGGUUCUACCUAAUCUUCGAGCAGCAGCGCAUGAGUCUGAAGCGAAAACUGGUGGAGAGUCGCCUGAUGGCACCGUCGCAACGCCUCACUUCCCUCUCCGAGCAGCUGGUGCUGCAGUGGAUCUACGAGCUGGCCAGCGCCAUGACAUAUCUAACCGGCUGCCAAGUGGUGCAUCGACAGCUCUGCUCGCACAGCGUCUUCGUGACCAGCGAGUUCAAACUGAAGCUGAGCGUCUUUGGGCCGCUGCCGUAUAUGAACAUUGCUCGCCAGCAGGCAGACCACAGUAGAUGGUUGGCUCCGGAGGUGCUGCGAUACCAGCAUCACCAUUCCACGCGAUCCGAUGUCUGGUCGCUGGCCUGUGUGGCGUGGGAAUGCUGUGCCCUGGGUGGUACGCCCUAUGCCAAUGCAGUGGCCAGUAACCAACAGCUGCUAGAGGCCAUUCGGGCUGCAGUGCGUCCGGCACAGCCAGCCUACGUCUACGGGGAUCUCUACCAGCUGCUGCUCAACUGCUGGCAGCUGGAGCCGAGCGAGCGGAGCAGCUGUGAGGACGUGGCCUUCGGAAUACGCCAGCUGAUGACCUCACCGCGGCAUGCCCUCAGCUUUGAUCGAGUGACCGGCGGACUAGACACCCUGCCUCCGUACCUGCCGCAGCUGGAAGCGAUUGCGACGAUGGGCUGAGUUGCAGCCGAAUAGAAUAUUAGAAUAUUAGCUUUAGUCAGCGAGAGACCACAUUCGCAUACAGUAGAUUUCGGUUCUGAGUCACUGCUGCUGAGAGUAAACAAUUCUUCAUUUUGAUUUUAGAUGUGUUCACUUUCAGUGUUCUUGAGAGAAAAUAAUUUGUUUUAGAAUUUACAUAUCGCUUGAAUAAAGCUCAUAGAUUGUUAAAAUACGUUAACAGCACGUAUCCACCAUAGAAUAUUAGAAGUGAGCAUUUAUGAAACACAAAACGGUGUUUUGAUUUCAUUUAAUCGACGUCUAGUGUUUAUUGCUGAUACGCACAAACUUCCUACGUUAAUAUAUACAAAUAAAAGAGUGUUCUAUGCCAGAGCUUAUCUGA